AUGCCGUCAGUGAAGAAUCCCAACGGCCCGUCCAAGAACCGCCUUGCGGCGCGAGCGACCAAGGCUAAGUCGCAGCGGCGCAAGAAGAGCGAGGAGGCACGCAACAAGAUCUCCAAGGCGGACUCGACGCGGGGUGCGCGGCCGGGUUUGCUGCCGACGAGCGGGCCGCGAGCCACGCUGAGCGCUAAGAAGGCGCGCAAGCUGGAGAAGAAGAUGGGAUACGCGAUGCGGCGUAAGAUGGAGGCCGAGGGCGAAGCGGAGAUGCGGGACGCGCCCGAGGUCGAGCAGGAGGAGGCGGUGCAGCGGCAGAUUGCCGAGGAGGACAUGGAGAUUCGGUAA